GGGGCUCCGAUGUAAGAUUCCACAUACUCCCCUCCGCGGCAUCUGCUCGACGGCCGGCGACCACCGCUCGCCGCCGGCGAUGGCGUCACUCUUACUCGAGCAGCAGGAGAAGCUGCGGCGACACGUCGACGAGUGGCGGUUCCGGUCCCGCGCGGCGCUCGCCGAGAUCAGCCCCGACUCCCCGUCCACAUCGGUGCCAUACGACCCAGUCAGGCUCCGCGUGGCCCCCACCGAGCCCGGCCUCGGUGCGGGCGCGGCGUCCCUCUUGACCGCCGUGGCGGCGGCCGAGGACAACGUCGACGUCUCCAAGUUCGUUGCCGUGAUCUCUCACUCGUGCCUCGAGAUAUCCCGCCUCUCUGAUGCAGCGUCAAGGGAACUCUAUCGGCAACUCCUCCUCUUCGGGCACACCGCAGAGGGGGGCCCAAACGAGGCACUUCUUGAGGGGGAACCACAAAAGACAUUUGCACACUCAAUCCCAUUGUUACUUGAUGUGUAUGAAAUCAUCAAUGGGCUAGUGAUGAUCCUUGGGAACCUGCUCCGGCAGCUGGAUGCGAUCUGCUCAGUUCGGGACAAGAAUGUGCGCCCAUUGAACUCAUUCAAGGGUUUAGAUUUGACGACCAUGUUUCAAUCGCUUGGUGAUGGGCUUCUGGUGUUCCUUUUGGUAGAUGAAAUUUUGAGGCACAAUGGCAAUAUCAGGAGCUACCUAUCUCUAUUCUCAAGGAUGCUGGAUAAGGUAAAAUCUGAGGCUGAUGUAUUUAGUGUGUCAUUUGAGGAUGUAGAUUUCCUUGACCAAGUAGUACACAACCUACAGAAGCUUUUUGACAUUGGCUUCUUCCAACGUUUGGUGCAAGAAGAUUCUCCUCUGUGCUCUUCAAUAAACCUAAUUAGAUCUAAUAAGAAACUAUCAGACACAUUUUAUUCUUUCUUCUCUGAGAGUAGUUCUGAGAUCAUUCAACGCAUCGGUUGUUUGAAGGAACUCCCCUUUGAUCGAAGGACUGUACUCCAUCUUCUAGCACUUUUUUUGUUCUUCACAGCGGCAACUGGUGAAGCUCCUGAUAAGAAACCAAUGAAUCUGCUAAUCGAGAUAUUUCAGUUGGUUCCAGUCGUCUACAUUGAAGGUGGAAAGUGUAUUAUGCUCUCUGACUUAAUUAGGUUUCAUUGCCCUCCAGCACUUUCCUCAUUACCACCCAUUAAGGAAGCUUGUGAAGCUUUUGUUACCUUGAAGAAUAAUUAUCUCUCACGGUUAAAUGAAGUACAUUCAAGGAAUAUCGAGGCCAUAAAUGAUUCGUUGUCAUGCUGGUCUGUUUCAUUCCAGUCAGCCAUUCAUCCCUCGUCGCAGAUGCUGACGGAAGAGUGGGUUCGACAUCUCCAGAAACAAAUUUUGCAGGGAGUAGUGCUUGCAGAUAGAAUACAUAUGCUUGUGCUAUCAAUGCUUGACUUGCAUAUGCAUCUUGAGGUUCCACUGAGAAGGGAGAAAGCCAAGUCUCUUUGCCAAAUGAUUGUGUCACUGAAGGCCAUAGGAGACUUGUUCCGCACGAAAGGGUCUAGCUUAGUGCGCAGUCUUCCUCACAUAAUCAACGUCAUUCAAUCAGAUCUUGAACAACUCAUAGUACCAUUGAAGACUAAAUUACAAAAUGAAAUAGCCAAGGGGAGUCAGACAAGCAAGACAGGAUUUCUUAACUCAUUGAUACGUGGUGGUACAGACAUGGAGACGAGACUUCUUGAUUCACUUUCGUUGGUUCUGAUGGCCUUGCAAUUGCUUGAAGGAGGUGGGAGUUCUCAGAGGCAACUGACACUUUCUAUUACAAUGGAUAUUCUGCACAGUCUGGGUUACUUGGAUAUUGAGUUGGUUGGUGUGAGAAAGCUUAUAUCGAAGUUCAGAAUUCUUUCAAAUUUCUGGUCUCUGAUCGAUGAAAGGACAAACUGCAGCUUUCUGUAUUGGAGAAAAGAGAUGCUUGCGACUUGGUUGUCAAUGGUAUAUGGAGAUGCUUGCAAAUUAUCUUGGCUACAGAGCAUCAUUGAUGCAUUUUCUGAUGGAAUGUCGCUUCUUACACUUGGAAAUGUGGGAAAAGUUACUCUUCAAUGCUAUGAGGAAGAAAUUGAGCAUGCUCUGAGAAAGGAGGUUGUUGCUCCACUGUGUAGAGAUAUUGAGACUGACCUCCGACUUCAUGUUCAUUCCACUCACUUAAAAGGAGCAGUAUUUGUGAACCCAACAAAGACUGGGGUUCGUAAUCUUUCGUGGUACUUAAGAAUGAAGCCCUUGCGAUUACCUUCCAAGUUUAUUGAUAUUAAAUUGCUGGUGGAGAGCCAUCUAAAUUCUGCAUUCUACACUUACUCAGUGAUGUCUAACUACGACAACAGGAUGUAUGCAGAGAUGCAUCAACUAGGAGAGCUGAAAUAUGGUGUUGAACUGGAAGAUUUCCAUCUUAGCAUGGAUACCGUGGAUCUAGAUUUCUAUCUAAAACAAUCCAUGGAAAAUCUUGAUUCAUUUAGUGAGGCAUAUUCCUACAACAUUGUCAAGCAGAUGUUUGUUGAGAAUGAUCUGGGUGGCCAAGACCGAAAAAACUUGAGAAUUUUAUGUGUCGAUCAUAUUGCAUCUUCAGCUGCCACGUGCAAUUUGCAGCGAAUUUCUGCAUAUCUAGACUCCAUUUUUAUUUUCUUAAACCAGAUGGUCGUAAAUCUUCAUGCUUUGCUUCAGAGUGAAAUUGAAAUUGAUUUAUUAAGAGAUUUCAAACAACCAGAGGACAUUGGCAUGUCUGGUGCCAAUCCUGCUAGCCAAGGAGACAUGAAAUUUUCCAUAGGGAAGCUUGGACUUGGAGAUCAUGCUCUAGAUUUGCUUGAACAAGUAAAAGCUGUUGUUACUAGAAUAGGUAGUGUACUAGGUCUCAUGAUGGUACUUACAGCUGGUCGCACCCGCUAUUUGAACAACAUAUCACGAUAUGUGAGAAAACCCAAAUGCGACUUGAGCUACUCGGCAAGUUGCAGGCUGCUGGGUUGGGAUGAUGACGUUGUUGAAAUUGGCAAAGUUUUGGAUAUGACCACAGGAGACAAUGAUCCAUCAGAGGAUAGAAUUCAACCAUUUUCAUUAUUAGCAACCAACUUUUCAAAGAAGCUUCAGAGCAAUAAACUUAAUGAAAUGAAGGUUUUCUUUCAAAUUGUUCCAUCCGUAAUUGGGCACAUGGUGGACUGUAAACUUCUUCUCAAAGAUAAAGUAUUGAGACGAGUGCAUGAAGAUAAGAGAUCCGCACACACUUAUGAUGGUUUCCUACUUGGAGUUGCUUUUGUCCUGAAGAUUUUGGAGCAAGAAAACUCAUUUGAUGAACUCAAUUGGUUCGCUUCAACAAAAACAAAAUUGGAAGGAGAGACGAAGGUCAGGGACGACAAGGGAACUGAUAGAAGCAUGAGCGGAUCUGCUUUUGCCAAUCUAAAACUCUGGCGUUCAAAUCCACCUGUUAAGACAGAGCAGCACAAGGGUCUUGAUGACAAGAGAACGCGCUACCUGCAGGAAAUUGAGCUCAUAGAAUGUCUCUUCAGCCUUGCUAGAACAGUAUUGAGAUGAAAGUUACCUGAUAACACAACACAUUUUAUUUGUUGCCUGAUGAUUUUGUGCAUAGGCUGCUGAGUAUUUUUCUUGCAUGAAACUUAACAAAAAUUCAGAGAAGAUAAGAAUUAGUAUUGAAUCAUCUGACCCUUAAUACAAUUCAGAAACAUCUGACCCUUAGUACAGUUCAGAAACAUCUGACCAUGGCACCACGCCAUGGGGUGAUUGUCGUAAAAG